GAGUACUCCACAACGGUCGCCAUCGUAGGCCUCCUGUGUUGUUCUCCUGUCAGGGAAUUGAAUUUGGGCUUGUCUGUUGCUGCUGGGUAACGCCUCGCGUUCGAGCACGGUGUUAACGACAGCUCUCGACGUCCGACGACAAGAGCCACUUCUCCUCAGCGUUCGACGGGCAAUGUGCUGAAGAUAUUUGCGGGAACGAGGCACAAUAUCAGUGAUGGCAUCGGUUUCCGGCGAAGUCAGUGGUACCUUCAAGAUCCUUGUCUUGGGAGAUUCGAACGUAGGGAAAACCUGUAUAGUACAUCGCUUCUGUGAUGAGAGAUUCUACGAUACAUACAUCUCCACCAUCGGUAUCGAUUUCAAACAGAAGAUCAUCAAUCUCGACGGGACUCCGGUCAAACUCCAGAUAUGGGACACCGCUGGGCAGGAACGGUUUCGUACGUUGACCACGGCUUACUACAGAGGUGCUAUGGGGAUUUUAAUUAUGUACGAUGUGACCAACAUGGAUUCUUUCAAUCAUCUCACGUAUUGGUUCAGGAACGUCGAGGAGAACGCCUCGCCCGACGUCGUGAAAGUUCUCGUUGGCAACAAAUGCGACGCCACCAGCCAGAGACAAGUCGAAGCGUCUCAAUUGGCGAAGAUGGCCGAGCAGCUGGAUAUCGCUCAUUUCGAAUGCAGUUGUAAGCAGAAUAUCAACAUCCAGGAAGUUUUCAUAACUCUUGCGCGUCUGAUCCAGAAACAGAAAGAAGAAAAAGAGAAACUCGGUGAAGCGGAUGACACGAAAGAAUGGGGCAAGGACAUCAGUCUCCGAAAGGACGAUGGUACCAAAGAGAAGUGCCAGCAGUGUUAGGACGCGAAGUUGCUCCGGGAGGGAAAUAAGGAGAUUUGUAUCCGAGGGGGAUGAAACGGACUGACGUAGUCGAUACGGCGCGCGUGUUUAAUCACUCUGACUCUGAAUCAGCCUCAGCUGUCGUGACUCUUGUGACGACUCUCCGAUGGAACGAUGCGUAGCGACUCUGAAGUUUUCGGAUUUCUCUAUGUUAUCACGUCAGACCGGGUCGGCGUGUCGGAUGUGGGCAAUUCGCAACAGAAGAAUGACGCGCGCGGAUUUUGAUGUAAAUCAUGAGAUCGAAGGUGUAUCCCUGAUUGUUCUCAGGCAUU